AUGAUCUCCUCGGUGAACACUACAGACAGCAGAAAUGUCCUGACCCUGGUCUUGGUAGGAAUCCCUGGCCUGGAACACAUUUACUCCUGGAUAUUCAUCCCGUUCUGCUUCGUCUACAUAAUUUCUUUGAUUGGAAAUGGCAUCUUGUUCUUCAUCACUAAGACGGAUGAGUCUCUGCAGACGCCCAUGUAUGACCUGGUUUCCAUGCUGGCACUCACUGACCUGGGUCUGUCCCUGGUGACAAUCCCCACAGUAUUAGGGGUGUUUUUUCUCCAGUCCCUCAGGCUUCCAGUGCCUUUGUGCCUGCUCCAGAUGUUCCUCAUUCAUUCCUUGUCAGUCAUGGAAUCUUCUGUCCUUCUAACCAUGGCCUACGACAGAUUUGUGGCCAUCUGCAAUCCUCUGCGAUACUCAUCUCUUCUCAGCAGAUCACUUAUCAGCAAGUUGGGGCUCCUCGUGGUUUUACGGGGUGUGACUGUAAUUUUGCCCAUCGUCUUGAUGCUGCAAAGCUCCAGUCUGUGUAUGGGCGGCACACUGUCCCAUGCCUUCUGCCUGCACCCAGAUGUCAUGAGGCUCCUCUGCUCGCAGCUAUCAGCUUAUAACAUAUACAGCAUAUUUGCAGUCUUAUCCACGAUGGGCCUGGAUGCUCUCCUCAUCACCCUGUCCUACAUCCUCAUACUGCGAGCCGUGUGUCGCCUGAGCUCCGCUUCGGAGCGUUGUAAAGCCUUCCACAGGUGUACGUGCCAUAUCAUUGUGGUGCUUCUCUUCUACAGCCCCAUGAUUGGCCUCUCCAUGAUUCACAGAUUUGGGGACCACAAGACCAAUUUCAUACAGGUCCCCUUGGCGUAUCUGCACUUCCUCUUACCGCCAGCAAUAAAUCCUAUAGUGUAUGGCGUAAAAACAAAACCAAUCUAUCAGCGCCUCAUCCACAGACUACAACACGUCCUGCUACACAUGAAGAUACACAAGAUUGUCCAAUAA